CUGAAUAUGAACUCAGCCCCUACCUUCAUGCACUUCCCAGCUAAGGGGAAGCCUAAGAGGGCAGACACCUUUGACCUCCAGCGGAUCGGCUUUGCCUCGGAGCAGCUGGCCAAGUGGAUUGCAGACCGCACCGACGUGCAGAUCCGUGUGUUCCGUCCCCCUAACUACUCUGGCACCAUAGCCUUGGCCCUGCUGGUGUCCCUGGUAGGAGGGCUGCUCUACCUCCGCAGGAACAACCUAGAGUUCAUCUACAACAAGACUGGCUGGGCCAUGGCCGCGCUGUGUGUGGUGUUUGCCAUGACAUCAGGCCAGAUGUGGAACCACAUCCGCGGCCCACCUUACGCACACAAGAACCCCCAGAACGGCCAAGUGAGUUAUAUCCAUGGGAGCAGCCAGGCCCAGUUUGUAGCUGAGUCCCACAUCAUCCUGCUGCUCAAUGCCGCCAUCACCAUGGGGAUGGUCCUGCUCAACGAGGCGGCGACGUCCAAAGGAGAUGUGGGCAAGAGGAGAAUUAUCUGCCUGGUGGGACUGGGCCUGGUGGUGUUCUUCUUCAGCUUCCUGCUGUCCAUCUUCAGGUCCAAGUACCACGGCUACCCCUACAGCUUCCUUAUAAAGUGAGUCUGAGGCGCCGUCUUCAGAGUGAAGGGUGGAGAGGCUACUUGAUGCUGCUAGCUGAGAGGCUGCAGACACCGGGACAGGGUGCAUGGGGCGGGGGGGUCAUUUCAACUGCUGUACUCAAUCUGCUUAAUAAAUGAUAACAUGGUGACA